AUGGAGAGAAAAUUUAAAGAAAAUAGUAUAUCUUAUGAUGACCUAUAUCAAAAAUUAUACUCGUAUCGUGAUGCUGCAAAACUGACGCAAGUUGGUCUUGUUGCUGAAGAAUUUUUGCAAUGGUUAGGUGCAGAGGGCAAUGAUGCUGGCUCCACACCUGAUCUGAUCCCCGCUUAUUUAGAAUAUCGAAUGAACAGUGAUCCUUACUAUAACAAAGAAGCUUUUGAAGCACAAUUAAGGACAUUGGGUUUAAAUUCAAGCUGUGUCACAUUCAUGUGUGCACAAGCUGCGAAACUUACCAAUGAUAAUCAACAAGAUGCAUUCUUUUGUGCUCUUCAAUACUGUCUACAUCAGUUUUCCGUCAUAUUCGAAAUACCACUUAAACCACCAAUAACGAGUGGACCGUUAAAUCAAAUACAACCAUUGGAUAUUAAAAUCGGUCUGAAAGAAGCUGGGAUGAUAGAAUUCUUUACUAACACCAAACUGUUAUUUCAUGCAACCGCAGCGCACCAUGCAGCUUCUAUUGUUCGCAACGGUAUUGAUGCUACAAGUACACGUAUAAAUUUAGAUCUUAGGCCAGAAUUUUAUCUUAAUACACAUUUCAGAGAUGCUAAAGAUUGGUGUAUGUCCCGUUUUGCACCAACCUGCAAUGGUCAAGCUGCAAUACUUAUUUUUCAAGUACCAAAAGACAUUUAUAAUGAAUGGAAUAUCCAUCAGCUUGAUUAUCGAUCGCGAAGAAACGAUUUAAAUAAUCUAACUGAAUGGGAACACUUCGUUAAGAAAUGUCGCGCUGGAAUCAGAAAUAAUCGGAUAAUUGGUAGUUAUGACGGAUUUGAGGGUCCACAAUGCGCGAAUCCUAGAGAUCUUCUCAACAAGGUUUCAGAAAUACGUCCAGAAAUACGUCGCACAAAUGAAGCCAGACCUAGGGAAGCUUGGCAAAUCAGUAUACAUUCAUCUGGGAUACAAGCACGCAUAAUCAACUAUCUAAAGGGUGUAAUAACAUUCACAAACAUUUAA